CUCAUGAUGGCGGUGGUUCGUGCGAGUUUUACGGCACAAUCAAGAGUUAUCGGGCAUUUGACGCGAACUUCAGUGCUUGUUACGUUGUUGCGUUCCGUACGACACGAUUAACCGCCAACGACUGCCGGACCGCGUACUACGUGUUGUACAAUGGUAAUGAAUUGCACACAUCAAAACCGCCCCCUCCAACCGCCGGUUAGAAAACGAUAUGAUGAAAUGAUGAAUUGCCGCACUGUACGCGCGGAAUGGAAAUUAAUAAUAAAAAUUAAACGAAUUCGCUCCGAGAGGAGGAAAAGAAACACGAACCGAACGGACGGGCUAUUAUCUAUAGCGAGGCGCCGUGAUAAGGCCCAAGGGCACCGCGGUGCGGCGGUGUGGAUCCCGAUUGCGAAGCGCUCACGAAAAGCGUUCCGUGCUGGAAGUGGGGAUGUGUAGGAGACCGUGGUCGCAUCGUUACAGUUGAAGGAAGUGCUAUACAUCGUGCACGCAUGGUCGUGAUCGUCGUCAAUCCGUCACGCCGUUUCUCCUCCCCCUAUUACGAAUAAUCGUCAACGGACAAGGUCCUCGUAGCAUGAGCGUAAGAGUUUGCGCUGCAAUAAAGUUCUAUCCUUGGACAUCCGAAAACCUUCAGGAAAAGGUUUACCCAAACGUUUUGCAGAAUUGGCGUAUGAAAUCAGCGCGAGCUCUACCAAGACGAAUUAACUUAAACUUCUCAGGAACAGCAUUCUCCAAUGAACCAAGGGAAUUAGAAAUGAUAUGUUUGUCAUGUUCAAUCCUUACAGAGGUGUCCGGUGAGGAAGACUCCGGAACUCCAUAUAUAAUUAAAUUGGGAAGACAUCUUUCAUGCUCAAAAUUUUCUUGCAGAACUUAAGAAAUAAUAUAUUGAAUAUUCUCUGUGGGCUUGCUACUCUCCAGUCUAGCAACUUUACCUUUAAGUUCAACAACUUCACUCUGGAGAGUGGCAUACGACGUUUUAAAUAAUAUAAGUAAUAUAAGUAAUAUUAGUUUUUUCACGCUCAAGAAA